UACCAGAAACCAAACCAGGGAACGAACUAUAUUUUAAGUAUGGAAUCUCACUUGAGGAAAGCGAAACCAAAAUCAAUCGCUGCUUUGGUAUUUUUAACCCUAAUAAGCGUUGGGUUUCUGCUCUUUGGAUUAGUGACUGUCACAUGUGGCUUCGUUUUGAAUUAUCACGACGAUUUCAAAGCUUCAAAUGGCGGAGAAGAAUUAGAGGCAAUUGUAAAAUCGGAGUUUGAUUAUACUCAGUACUGGCUUGGUUUACCAUUUCUUAUCACAGGUGCUCUUUCGAUAGCCUCAGGCAUGUGCCAGAACAAUAGAUCACUGACAUUAGUGACAUUUACAUGUUUGUUCCUAUGUAUAACCCUGUCGUUGUUUGCGAUGGUACUCGAAGGGGUGGACUGGGUUAAAUGGAAGAACAUGGACCGGUUACAUAACACGUUGGAUGGAAAAGACGAAUAUUCGUGCUCAAGUACAAAUCACACGUGUAUUUGUGUGGGCGGAAAUGAAAAUAAGAUCAUUUCCAAAUAUGCAACCUGCUCCAACGUUACAUCGCUGUCUGGCCUUUUCGGAGGUAUUGCCGCCUCAGCAGUUAUUGGAAUAUUCCUAUCUCUUGCGGGAAUUGUUAUUAUUUUGAAAUCAUUGUCAUGGAAACCUCGUCAUUACCUUGUUGAAUAUAAUUUGCGAGAAGUGAGACCAGUUCAAAAAGGAGCUCACAAGAACGAAGGGUACACGAAUGGAGUUGCGCCACGCCUUGCUGGAAAAGGCGGAUCAAUAACCGAGAUUCCUUUGUACUAAUUGUCAAGACGACUGAGAAAUUAGUGAUAGUAUUUACUUAGUUUUGUUUUAUAUUCAGAUUUAUAACGCAUGAUAAUCAGUUUGUUCAGUUGUCCAGAGCUCUAAUUUCCGGGUUUGCGCGUGUUGAGCUUUAGGCCAAAAGUCACGAAGAGAAUGCACACACAGAAUAUGAAACGAACCAGAACGGAAAAUCAUUUUGUGAGUAGUAUUCGCACCGACGGUAAUCUCAUUCUACCCCCGAAAACUAGCGACCAACGACACUUUAAACGGUUAAACGUCUUGGGUUAAAGCGAAGGGGACUUUUAGAGUUUAACUGGAUUAUUUUUGUAUAGGUUUUAUGACUAUUCAAAAGCAACUUUUUAUUGUUAUGUUUUGAAAUAUAGAAAUAUAUAGAGGACACUCGGCUGAACCAGCAACAUUAAAGAGUCACAUUUCUGGUUCGUUUCGUUACUCUGUUACACACCCCAAUUAACAAAUUAACCAGUUUUUAUAAUGCUUGAACUGAGUUCGUAGGAAUUCGAUACUCUAACCACUUGUUCUAUUAUAAUUUUUUAACUAUUUUAACUUCGCAAGAAGUUGAGAAGGUACUUAAAAAAACGCCCAGAAGGAACUUAGUCUAGUACUUGAUAGCCCUCAAUGGUUGCAUGGCUCUAGUUGCCAUUAAGAUUGCAUUUUUCGAAGUUUCUCCACUCUGGGAGUGAUAAUCAAAGGAAUAUAAUUCGCCUUUGAUGCUGAUCGAAGCCAAAAAUAUUGUCAUCAUUAUUUAGUGGUUACCAGCUAUGAUUAUAAAGCCGUUAGACGACUCCCAUUUCACAGCAUACCAUAGGGGAGGGAGAAUAAUGGACUGAGUAAUUCCAGAAUUGUUUACCACGCAUGUGCACGGAAAUUCGGGUAAAUGCGGUGUAUGGACGACCUUCCCGGAAAUCUUCUCCUUAAAAUUUUUCAAAAUUUUGCAUAUGAACAUAUCUUUAUACGAUAAAUUCUACGGCCUUAAAAAUGUCACAUCGUUGAUCCCUCUCUGAAUACGAUUAUUUACAUCAACAUAAGAUUCUGCAAUUAUAAGUAGUAUAUUAACUUAUCAUGUAUAUCACCACAGACUGUACGUAUAAAAAAUCGUAAAUAAAAAGCUAU